CCCUCAACCUGAAAGAAUCAAGAAACCCUCUCUCCCCGAGGAGGUUUUGCGACCUUUUUCUUCUUUGCACCCAUCCACCUCUCUGGAUCACUGCCACUCUCAGGACUCACAAGGAAGACAGGACAGGAAUCAGCACCAUGGCAACAAAAGACAGCACACAGAGCACAUUAUACAUCGGUGGUCUGGAUGAGCAAGUAACGCCGCAGGUCCUCCACGCCGCAUUCAUCCCCUUUGGCGAGAUCACACACAUCGAGAUUCCUCCUGAUCCAACUUCAAUGGCACCUCAUCGCGGAUUUGGAUUUAUUGAAUUCGAUUUCGCAGCAGACGCUCAGGCAGCAAAGGACAACAUGCAUCUUUCAGAGCUGUUUGGUAGGACCAUCAAAGUCAACAUCGCAAAGCCAUUGAGGGGCGGAUCAGGGGCUGGAGGCAUUGGACGGGGACCAGAGAAGGCUAUUUGGGCAGAUGAGGACUGGCUAAAGAAGAAUGUUAUGGGAGACGAGGACAUGGCGCAGGAGCAGGAUACAGCAGAACAAUCAGCAUCUUGAGAGGAACCUGCAAGGGAGGAAGUAGAUGAGGGCUCAGAAGCAUUAUCAAUAAACUACGUCCAGCUACCAGUACUCCGUCAAUUGCUUCUUGAAUACCGAGUGAUAUGCUUCUUUAGGACCAAGGGCUCAUUGAGGCAUAUAGGAAGGUACACAGCACCCCCGUCCCUUGCUCCACUUACAAAAUACCAUACAACGAUAUAUCACCAUCGCUAAACAAACAAACUAUAGGCUCAUGAC